UAAGAGGAUUGGAACGAAGCUGAGGUGAAAGGCACGAGCGCUUUCAGUAGGCAGGUUUUCGGUGCUUCUCUUGUGUAUAGUCAUGUUUAAACUACGAAAUGCGCUUCGAAGGGCGAUCUUUCAAGCCGACAACUUCAUCUUUUGCAAAACUGGAAGCGAGCACUCCAGAGCCUCCAUCUCAACUGGACCACAGCAACAACAUGAAACUUUCUAUGAAUUUCGCACCUAUUUCAUCAAACCGCACCUGAAUGCAGCCUUUCACAAGCUGACCAGCGAGAAGAUCCAUUUGCGCACUGCACAUUCUGAGCUUGUGGGCUAUUGGAGUGUGGAGUAUGGUGGCCUUAAUCAGGUCUUCCACAUCUGGAAGUAUGAAAGCUAUGCUCAGCGGGCAGCGGUCCGGGCAGCGCUAGCACAGGAUCCCAACUGGAUGGAGCAGUACAUCUCUAAAGCUAUGCCCAUGCUGAGCUCCCAGGAUAAUGAAGUUACAUAUUUGGUGCCUUGGAGCAAGAUCCAGAAGCCACCUAAAGAAGGAGGUGUGUAUGAGCUGGCGUCAUUACAGAUGAAACCAGGAGGUCCAGCUGUGUGGGGUGAGAGUUUUCAGGGGGCAGUGGGCGCCCAUGCAGCUCCAGGAUAUGCUCACCCUGUGGGUGUUUUCCACUCCGAGUUCGGACUGCUCAAUAGAUUGCAUGUGAUGUGGUGGUACGAGAGCGCAGAUCAUCGGGCAGCAGUAAGACACAAAGCCCACAGUGAUGCUAGGGUUGUGUCUGCAGUGCGACAGAGUGUGGCCUACUUGGAGUCGCAAAAAAACAAGCUGUUGUUUCCCUGCUCCUACUCACCUCUUAAAUGAACACUUUAGAACUUUCCUAAUACUACUGGUGAUCACCUUUUAUCAUCCAAUGAUUAAAUGAGUGCUGAGUGUAGCGCUGCACAACUCUCAGCUUAUGUGGCAGGGAUGUACUGGACUUCCUCAGUUUUGGUUACGUUUCUGUCUUAACACUAUGAGCAUGUAUGAGAUAGGCAUCUACUUUAUUGGUUUCUGAGUAUGCAUUCAGCAUUUUAUUCAUGAUGUUUCAUUUUUAGCUGUAGUCAUGGUCUAUAUGUCCUGAGACUUAUAACAUUUCUGUUACAUAGUUCUGAAAACCGUAUGAUUCCUGAACUGAGCUAUGUUUUUCGCUUGCGUGUAUCUCAAGAAUCAUUUUGGUUCACCUCAAAAGUGCAAAUAGAAAAAUUUGUAUCUAAAGAUUCGAAUUUGACUGCACAAUACUGAGAUUUUGACAGCUGGUAUCAGAUUACAAAAUGUAAAGGGAUAAAACUAUCCUUACAAUGAAAAUCAAGGUUUAUAGACAUUUUUUCAGACUGUUUAUCUUUACCACUGUUUCAUAAACCCACUUCUUACAGAACACAAUCACAUAGUGACAUUUGCUGGCAUCUGUUUAUCUCAGAUCAACACACUCGCUGGUAGAAUGUUAGCAAAAAAAAGAUAGGCUUUCAGCAUUAGUAGUCUUGUCAUGCUGAGCAACACCAGACAUAUCUGUAAAGCUCCUAGUCAUUUCUAACAUUUAACGAUGUUCAAAUGCACUUAAUUGAAUCAGGGUGUGUGUAGACAAUGCUCAAAAUAAAAAAUUCUUGCUA